GGAGAAAUUGGAUGCAGUGUUUUUGCCUACCACUCCCACUAUAUAUACUUUUCAUUUCAUUUCAUUUCAUUUUCAACUCAUUCCACAAAUUAAACAAAUAAAUUAAAUAAAACAAUCCUCGUAUUUCAUCACCUACUCCGCUCUCUCCGUCAUUAACAAUGAUGAAGGCUGCUUUCAAGGGCAAAUACGACAUUGACAAAAACGGCGCCGCAGCCGCCACCGUCGCCGUCAACGCCGGCGACCUCAAACUCCGAGCAUCCAUUACAGACGCCACUUUCACAAACGGUCCCAGCUUAACCGGUCUAGUCCUCGCCGUAGAGAAACCCGGCUCCUUCACUGUCGAUUACAACGUUCCCAAAAAGGAUUUUCGGUUUCAAUUUAUGAACACCGUUAGGGUUGCGGAGAAACCGUUGAAUUUAACAUACAUACAUAGCAAAGGAGAUAACAGAACUAUUUUGGACGGAACGUUUGUGUGGGACCCAUCGAACAAGGUUUCAGCGAAUUACGCUGUUGAAUCUGGUAACUGUAAGUUGAAGUAUAGCUAUGUUCAUAAGGGUUUGACUACGAUUGAACCUACCUAUGACGUUGCAAAGAAUUCUUGGGACUUUGCUGUUUCAAGGAGAGUUUAUGGUGAUGAUUCGUUGAAGGCUUCUUAUCAGACAACGAGCAAGGUUUUAGGGUUAGAGUGGUCGAGGAAUUCAAAAAACACUGGUUGCUUCAAGAUUCUGGCAUCCGUUAACUUGGCCGAGGAAAAGAAAAUUCCAAAACUUAGUGCUGAGACCACAUGGAAUUUUGAGGUGUAAAUUCGAUCCGAUAUACCAACUCAAUUGCUUGAUAGAUUUGCUAUCUAGUUUUGAUGGCUUUUGUGGUCACAAUGGGGCAUAUUUUGCCUUUUGAUUAUUAUUGUAUACUUGAAAGUGAUUUGAUCAUGUAAUGAGCUACUCAGUGGCAUUGAUCGUCCACCUAAAACUUUCCUUUUGAUUUUUGAACUAUUCCUAUAUUCAUACUUCAGAAUCCUUUUAUUGAUUGCCUAUAAAUUGGGCAUCGUCAAUUCUCAUAAAAGUUAUUAUGUAUUAUCGUUCUUUCUCUAUGGCCACCAAAAUGAUUUAAUGAUUACUUGUUCUGGUGGGAAGCUGUAUGAAAUGACUGUAAUUUACAGGUU